UAUAAUUUAAUCGAACGUUUGACAAGAUCUUGAAGGGUAAAUGAAUAGCACGAAAUUUAUGAUUGACAGUGUAUAAUGGUAUAUUAAAGGCUCCAGGGUGAUCAUUUAUUUUGAUAUACAAACAGUUUCAUCUUCCUGUUCGCUGAACUCCUUUUCCUUCUCUUCUUCCCACCGAUCUACCCCAUAGGCAGUUGCACAACUCAUGCAAAUCCUAUUUCCAACCCUGGCUUUAACAGCCCUCUCUUGCUGGAAUGUGCUAGUGUUACCUGCGUACGGACAGUACCUGCAUGAAAUUGACUGGGUCAAGCGUCACCUAGCAACAAAAUCCCCCUAUCCGGUUCCUGACAGCGCCACUACUGAUGCAGUCAUCCGAGGCUAUACGCUAGAGCAGCUCCAGCUUGUGGUGCGACAUGGAAGAAGAUAUCCAUCCGACGGUGAUACCGAAGACAUUGGCAAGGUACUCAAGAAACUCCAGCAGAGCAACAACAGGACGGCUCUUGACUGGCUCGACAACUAUGAAAAUGUGUACACUCCCGAACGGUCUGGAUCGUUAGAUGAAAACGGACAGCUCGAACAAUAUCUCCACGGCCGUCGAGUUGCCAAGCGCUUUCCAAAACUGAUUGAUGCAAUUUUCGAUCAAGACGUUCCUUCCGGCAUUGACAGCGCUUCUUCGGAAUCGGCUCGCACAUUGCAAUCUGCAACGGCUUUCCACAUGGGUUUGUUUGAAGGUCAAGGCGCCCUUGGUAGAUCCAAACAGUUCGCGGUUCCAUCUUUUAUGUAUCCGACCCAGGGUGACAAGCUCAUUAGUAUCGACGACAAUUGUCCCCGGUGGGACCUUGCAAGAGAAAACAGCAAUGUCCAGUCUGACUUGUAUGGAGCACAGACCCAGACGGUGACGGCCCAGCGGUUGUCAGAAGCAUUUGGCGUUUAUUUAACGGCCGAUGAUGUUGAGGCUAUUUACAGUGGUUGUUGCUUUGAUGUCGCCCACCGCAACCGACCUGAUACCUUUUGCUCGUUACUUAGUCGUCAAGAAAUUCUUGAGGCCGAGUAUCGCGAAGAUUUGAGUUACUUUUAUAAGUACUCGUAUGGCGGGUUGCCCUUGAACGGCCAGGUCGCGUGCGCGCUCAUGCAAAGCAUCAUGAACCAUAUCGAAAAUGAAGAUACUCGUUUGGUUUUGAAGGUCGGUCAUACUCAAACGGUGCUCUUUCUUCAGACCUUCUUGGGUGUCAGCCAGAACAAGCAAAUGCUUUAUGCCAACUCAUCUCAAUCCGUCAUCGACCAGCGUGUUUUUCGUACCUCAAAUAUCGCCACGAUGGCGUCUAAUGUCGAAUUCCAGCUCCUCAGCAAAGGUGAAAAUCGAUUUGUGCGUGUUCUUGUUUCCGAGAUACCCGUGUUAGUGCCAGGCUGCAAAGGCGAAGAAAUCUGUCCGUUACAGACAUUCAAGGAGGCUUUAUCACCCAAAAUCAAAUGCGACUUUGAUGAAGUCUGCCAGGGAUAACUGCUUUCUAGAAUAGUGUAUGCUGUAUUCAUAUGCUAUGUUACUUAUGCCAAUAUUAGAGGAUCGACAAAAUGAUGUAGUACAUUAUAUGGCACCCCUCUUAUUUGUUUGCUCUUACACCAUCAUACGCUUUGAUUUAUAUAUUACAUAUUGUAGCAUAUAAUAUUACUACUGCUUUCAGUUUAAAUUUCCUCUGACCCUAAUUAUAAUUUUAAACUUUGUGCCAUGCAUAUAAUACUAUGCAGUACGGCGCUCAACAAACUUGCUGCUCGAG